GCCAGAGCCAUCAUUUAAAUAAAAUUGUUACAAAAGUAUAUGCGUAAGACGUUUAGAUGAUUCUAGAAAGUAGUUAUGUCGUCAGGUAUACCGCUGAAAGGCAAGAAAAAGGGGGAGCGUGAAGCGAAGUCUAACGUACCUAUUUUGUCAGGUUGACCUCGAAGUACUUCCGGGUUCUGUAAGUAAACUUGAUCGCUCGACUAUGUACAAAUGGUUUCUAUUUCACGCAAACUCUUGAAUGUCACACGGAUUUCAGAAGGUAACAGGUGAAACCACAGAGACACAACGUGAAAGUUAAACAUGCGUCGUGCGAAUCGUAACAGGCUGUCUCCAUGGAUAGAGAAACUGAUCCAGAGCUAUGGCAGUGAAGAGGGGAGCAGUGGCCGUGUGCGACUGAAAGCUCACGUCAUUGGUGUGGGUCAGCUGUCUCAGUCCCAGGCCCAGAAUUUUGAAGGGCCCACAGCGCUGCUUUUCCUGUCUGAUGGAGUAGUUCAGAUCCCUGCUGUUCUCACAUCAGCUGCAUGGGAGGAUCUCCAAGAGAAUGGGGAUAUGGAAUGUUUCACCAGCCUGCUUAAUAGCACCGUUGGCAUGAGAAACUACCACCUGCAGUUUCACAUGGCCAUGGAAAACACCAGAUGUAGGUUCUUCUUAUCAGUUGGAAAGAUGGUCAUCGAUGGAACUGGCCCAGCUAAAGACAAAACUCCCUGCUGCACUACUUUGCCCUCUGUUCAGCAGAAGAUCUAUGAGACAUGGAGGUCACUCAUGGUUCAGGAUGUGCAGGAAUCUCAAAACAGCCAGAUUGGCUUUGAUCUGACAGAGUUGCUGGGGGAGUGGCAGCAUGACUGUUUGCAGACAGUGCUGGAGGACGUGAAGAAUAGACUGAUGCUGGUAAACAGCGUGAGCCAGCAGCCUUCCACAUCCACUGGCAUCCCAUCGCUUACUCAAUCGGGCAUGUUCACUGCCACAAGUUGGGACACUGAACGGGUUCAAGAUAAGGGCAUAGAAUGUUUCAGUAUUCCGACAAAGUAUCUACUCAUCCCAGAAGGAGAUGCUCCUCUGGGACGAAAAGCAAAUGUAGCCAGACUGACACCUGAUGGGGACGGGGAGUUGGAUUUACAGCUUGGUGAUCCGACACAGUCAUUUGUCGAUGCUGCUGACAGGCAAACAGACACACAUGCAGGUGGAGAGGGCGAAAACCGUUCUGUCUUUGCAGAGAACAUCAUGCAUGUCGACAGCGUAAGUGUAGAUAUGACUGGUAAGGACAUCAUACCUUUAGAAGACCCUUGGCACAUAUUUCCUGCACCAUGCGGCUCCUCUGCUUCUUGUGAUGAGUCCCCAGAAGCAACCCAAAUCCAGUUUGUUCCUCCCCAGCAACAAAAGUGUCCUGUGAACACAACCAGCACCCACGUGCCUAUAAAAGCACAACCUGAUGUCAACACCUCCCAGCACAGCAAAGGAGAACACAGCUCUUUACCGCCGUACCAAAAACUGCCACCCGCAUCCGGCAACAGCAAUAACACACAAACACAACACAUUCACAGUGCUUCCCAAGAAAAACAGACUUUGAUGGAGAAUUUGGACACACAACAAGAGAUGGUUGAGAGACAAUGUAGAAAGUCAAAGAGAAAACUGGAACACGAGCCUUUGCAAAAUACACAAAACAAAGUCACAUUGGAGGAAGAGGAAGAAGCUCAUCGAAGUGGGAGCCCUCCGUCGUGGCUCUUUGACUCGAUGACAGCUUCAGGAGUGGAUGAUGGCAGCAUUCAGGUUCAAACCAUACUUGCAGAAAAAAGAAAAACUCCUGCUGUUCACAGUGAUGGCCGCCGGUUCUCAUACACGUAUACAGUGUCUGGUCAGAAUCUGCUUGACUUCAGCCAGUUCAAAGUGGAAGAUUCUCUGCUGCAUUGGGCUGUCAAGUAUCUUGUCGCCCCAAAGCAGGCAACACAUCUGUAACAUUUGCCAACACUGCUGUCACUGGAUCCCAGCUGCUUGUACUGGCGUUUAGAAAAACGUACAAAUUCUAAUAAAUUAUAUUUUUUAAAGGGACUGUAUGCAUCUGGCUCCAAAUUGCAUUGUUUUCAACAAAAAAAAUCUAAGAACCCCGCUGCCAGCUAGCAUAUGUUACCAAUAGUCGUUUAAAAGAAAAGACUGUACCAAAAAUGUUGAUAUUUUUCACAAUUACGAGGGAAACAGCAUUAAAAUUGUCAUAAAUUUUCAUUCGGUCAAGAAAUAACUGGCGUUCAUGGAUGUCACUCACGGCUGUUGGUAUUCACGUACAUCAGGGGUCACCGCGGGCACCACGUAGCCCCCCACGACCACAUGAAGUGCCCGCAAGGCUGCUUUUCAUUCAGGUUUUCAGUUAAUAAUGAAAGAACAGUAGAAAGAAAUGCAUUCUGAAAUACAAAAUGUGAGUUGUGGACACCAGCAUUUUGUUAAUGUUCUACUAAAACAAGCAUAUUCGCUUUGUUUGGGUUUGAAAUAAGCUCUGAAAAUAAAUGUUACAAAAAUGAGUAGCUCUUGGCCAUUUUCAUUUUGUAAAAGUAGCUCUCACAAGGAAAAACGUUGGUGACCCCUGACGUACAGGAACCCAUACACACACACAGAAGCAGUCUCAGACAUUACAUUCAUGUUGUUGUUACAAUAGGCGAUUCAUUCAAUGAUAGCUAACAUUAGCAGCUAAACUUUAACCCAAAUUUCUAUCAUUAGCUGACCAGAAACGUAACUAUUGUGUGUGUGUUACGUUGGCGUACUCAAGGACGGAAGAGGGUGGGAUGUAAUGGUAGCAGUAUGUUCGUAUGGUGGCGCCCUCUAGGCAACUGGAGGAACCGCUGCAUGCAGUCCCAUUAAGAACGUACAAUUCAUGUUCAGUGUGUGUUGAAGUCCCGUAAAUAUAUCCUGUAUGGUUGUAAAUAAAACAACAUUCUAGGU